AUGGCAGUUAGAGCUGCGGUGCCGUUCUUGGUGGCUAUGAUGCUGUUGACAGGUGUUUGCAACACGCUGUUGACCAAGUACCAGGACAUGCAAUGCGUAAAGAACUGCGACGCUCCCUCACCGAAAUACCGCGAACACUUUGAACAACCCGUUCUCCAGACCCUACAGAUGUUUGUGGGCGAGAUGGGCUGCUGGCUCGUCAUCGGCGCGUUCAACCUCUACCAACGAUACGCGAGCGCAAAGGCAGGCUACGAGGCUAUUCCGGACAACGAUGGUGCUGCUACACCAGCGUCGGAUGACAGCGAGACGGCCCCCGUUGCGAACCCGCUGAAGCCCGUACAUGCAGAUGAUGAGGGCAGGAUACCACUUGAGGGACGGAGCAUCUUGCUCUUGGCGCUCCCGGCGUGCUGCGACAUUGCUGGAACGACGCUUAUGAACAUUGGGCUCCUGUUCGUCGCAGCUAGCAUUUAUCAGAUGACUAGAGGCGCGUUGGUGCUCUUUGUUGGCCUGUUCAGCGUCUGGUUUCUCAAGCGUCAUCUCGGUCUCUACAAGUGGUUCUCACUCUUCGUAGUCGUUACCGGUGUUGCAGUCGUUGGACUUGCGGGAGCUAUAACCAGGGACGACAAAGCAUCACCUGGUCAUCAGUCGGUCGAUGCUACCGGCUCAGUAGACAUGCAGGCCGUGGCUUCGCAAGCUGCCAUGACAGUUAUCGGUGUACUGCUGAUUGCUGGCGCUCAAAUCUUCACGGCAACCCAGUUUGUAGUUGAGGAAAGAAUCAUGGAGAAGUACUCGAUGGAGCCCAUCAAGGUCGUUGGCUGGGAAGGCGUAUUCGGCUUCUUGGUCACGUUCGUCGGCAUGAUCGUCUUGCACUUUGCCAUUGGAACUGGCUACUUCAACGCCAGGGAGGGACUAUACCAGAUGACGCACUACCGCGCCAUCGCGGUGUCGUCGUUCUUGAUCAUGAUCAGCAUCGGUGGCUUCAACUUCUUCGGUCUCUCGGUUACACGCACUGUCUCGGCUACCUCGCGCUCGACGAUUGAUACCUGCCGUACGCUCUUCAUCUGGAUCGUGUCGCUUGGUCUUGGCUGGGAGACGUUCAAAUGGCUCCAGGUCGCUGGUUUCGCUCUACUGGUGUAUGGCACCUUCCUAUUCAAUGACUUGAUCCGCCCGCCGCUAAAGGCGUGCGUUGAGAGGAAGAGCGAGCCUCUGCUUCCCGAGGACCCUAUCGAGCAUCAUUAGAAGCGGAAAGGCGACUGGGAUUAGAGAAGUCCGGUCCACGUUGUGGUAUUGAAAUCCUGAGCUGGCGUUCCUGGUGCAUGUAGAGAUGGUAGGUUAUAUAUCAAAUGUGUUGUUUUCCCAA